ACACUAAUGCAGAUGGCCCACGUGCAGUACUGCUUUGCACUCGAAUAAGUUGUUUAUGAAAGAUGGAUAGCCCAAAAGAACGCGAUGAUAAGAAAAGAAUAAAGCAGUUGACUUUGGAAAAUGGCGUGGUGAAGGAUGAAAAGAAAGUAGUGCGACAAUUUUACAGGCAAUGUAAAAGUGAAUUUCUGGAGGAGAAUGAUUAUGAGGCACUUGAUCCAAAUAAGCUCUCCAAUGAAUGCCAUGAAGAAAUACAAAACUUUAAUCUAGCCACACACGAUGCGUGGAUCGUCCAGUGCCCAAAAGGCAUCAAUAUAAAUUCAUUGGCUGGCAAGCGGAUUAAGUUGCCCGGUCGGCGUUAUGCCGGUGACAUUCAGGUGCGGAGCACACACUAUGAACGACCAUUGACUCAUUCCAUUGGCUAUGUGAACAGCAAGGGCAAGUAUGCCGUACGUUCGAUGCCAAUGGCCGGCCAUGUUGUGAUCAGUAAACGUCUUAAUAUGCAAGAACCAGAUGCGCUUGACAAUGGAGAGACGAAUGCAUUUCCAAAGACGGUUGGACCGCAAAAGUUCAGACUGCCGGUUCGUCAUCCGUUCUUUGGGCGUGACUACAAGACGCGCGUUGAUGUCGACAAAAAGACGGCAAAAAAGCUACGCAAUGCGGAGAAAAUGUGUGCCGAAGCGACAAAGAAAUUGCGCUCCACUGGUAAUUUCUAUAGAAUACGCCAAAAGCUUUUGGCGAGUACCCAGACGCUGAAACAGAAGGAGCACGAUGUGCGUCAGUCGGUUAUAACAGGCGUAGCUCCUAAAUUCCUGGAGAAGAGCGAUCAUCCCGACUAUGUGGAUUUGUUGGACUCGAGCGAUGGAGACACCACGGUUAAGCAAGAGAACGAGGAGAAGCAGCCUGUUAAAAAGAAGAAAUCCAACAAAAGCAAAGUGGAACAUAACUUUGAGGACAACGAUACGGAAAAACCCAAUGAAAACAAGAACUUGGAAGAUAACUCGCAAGACAGUAAUGCAGAGAAACUUAGUAAGUUGGAAAAUAACUCGGAGGACAACAAUGCGGUGAAGUCCAAUAAAAAGAAAAAAUUGGAAAGCAACUCAGAAGACAACAAUGCGGUGAAGUCCAAUAAAAAGAAGAAAUUAGAAAACAACUUAGAAGACAACAAUGCGGAGAAGCCCACUAAAAAGAAGAAAGUGGAACUCAACUCGGAUGAUAGCACUCCGGAGAGGCCCAGUAAAAAGAAGAGUUUGGACAGCUUUGAAAUUCAGAAAAGUGUGGAAGUGUAUUAAUUUAAAUUGUAGACACUCGUAA